GUGUCUGCACCGACCUCCACGUGCCGGGUGUGUCAUCUUUUUGUUCUCCUUCUUCUAUAUAUACACACAUGCUUCUCUCUAAAAUAUCCUUUUUCUUCCAUAUCCGCCACGUUUCCUUCUCCACUUGUAUGCUUUUCCAAAACCCUUUCUCCGUCGCCGUUUCCGCCUCCUUCAUCGUCCUUGUCUCCACCUGAUCAUGCGGAGCACCUCUUCUUCUGUCAACGAAUCCGCCGCCGCCGAGACCGGUGGCGGCAGUCCAGGUGAGAUCAUGCUGUUUGGUGUCAGAGUGGUGGUGGAUUCGAUGAGGAAGAGUGUGAGUUUGAACAAUCUGUCUCAGUAUGAACAACCUCAUGAUGCCACCGAUGUAAUCGCAAACGACAAUUAUAAGAACGACCUUGUUUCCGUCAAUAACAAAGACGAUGUUGCCGCUGGUUAUGCUUCUGCGGACGAUGCUGUUCCCAACGCCCGAGGGAACCGCGAACGUGAACGCAAGCGAGGUGUGCCUUGGACUGAGGAAGAACACAAGCUGUUUUUAAUUGGACUACAACAAGUAGGAAAGGGGGAUUGGAGAGGAAUCUCUAGGAACUUUGUUAAGACUCGCACUCCAACUCAGGUCGCUAGCCAUGCUCAGAAGUACUUUCUCCGCCGGAGCAAUCUUAAUCGCCGUCGCCGUAGAUCUAGUCUUUUCGAUAUCACGACGGACACGGUCACGGCUGCUCCAAUGGUUGAAGAACCCUUGCAGCGUAAAGAAAUUCCCUCUCAAUCCCAUUCCUUUACUCCAUCAACCUUACCUGAAAUUUCUAAAAACAAGGCAAUCCCAAUAAUACAAACUUUGCCAGUUUCAUUUGGGCCAACACCAUUAGCCACCCCGACCAAGAAUCUAAUGGAAAACUGUGGUCCUAGAGAAGUAAACACACAAAAUGAUGGAUCACUAAAGCUCGCCCUCUCGGAUUCGAUAUUUUCCUCUAAUCAAAUACGACAUGAAUCAUCAUCAGCAGCAGCUUUAUCCCUUCGCCUCUCCUUAACACCUGACCAAAGAGAAACUUCAUCAAGACAUUCAACUUUCCAAUCCAUCCCAAGUUUCAAUAAUGGUGAUGGGAUCAUAAGUGCUGCAUAAUGAAAGGAAGUUAUUAACAAUUAGAGACGACAGAAGUUAUUAGGUGACUGAAUCUGAUCCAAUCAUGUUUUUUGAUGGCAUCUAUGUAAAAUCUAGAUUCUUCUUGAUGAUUUGCUGUUGUUGUCGGUAGCUGGGUACUGACUGAAAAUAAUGAAUGACUAAACUAUUCUGUCUCUGUGUUAGAAAUGAAUUUAGUUUGAAGGAAAGAAUAUCCAAGUUGGAUAAAAUGGGUGGUUGUUGUUGUUGCUGCAAUAUUGUGAAAAGAAAAGGGAGGGGGGGAAAAAGAGGCAAAAUUCCCCCUUGUUUUUGUGUAUGUACCAUUAAAUUUUUGUCAACCUUUGAAAGGAAUCCUGAUGUCUCUGUUCUCUGUCGUGUCGUUUUUAAGUCAUCGCUAUCUUCUUUCUCUCCAAUAAUAUGGUUAUGGUUUAGUA